GAGAUGGCUGCACCAGUUGUUGUUUGUUUUUUAUUUGGAAUUUUGUUGCGUCUUUGGUUUUUCCGAACAAGAUUGCCGACGUGGAUAUCUACAUGUGUUGAAAUUACAACUCCUGUGAAUGCAUGGAAUCGUGUUGUGGAGGGGUUGUCACUGCAAAGAGGCUCUGUCUCUCCAUAUGAUGGAGAUUUGUUUCAUGAGACACCUCUCUUGUUAAAGUUUUUGGACCUUUACACCAAGAGAUGGCCAAACUCUGUGCACCUGUUGUUUAUUGCAGCAGACUUUCUCAUUGGAAUUUUGCUUGUGAGGAUAGCGAAUCUCUUUGCUCGAUAUCUGUUGGAAAAACAGAGCAGAGAUGUAAAGUCUUACUCCUUAGACAGCCAGCCGUUACUUCUUAAGUCUAAGGACUUGGUUUGGCUACAAGUUUCAGUCCUUGUUGUCCAUUUUUUCAACCCUUACAGUCUGUCUGCUUGCCUGGGAAAGUCCACCACUGUGUUCAACAGUCUGGCCGUUCUCCUCACAUUCUGGGCUGUUCUUAAAGGCAGUCUUCUGUUGUCCUCCCUGUGUAUAGCUGUAGCAGUGUACCAGUCACUGUACCCCAUCAUGUUGGUGGUGCCAGCAGCCUUACAUUUGGCACAGAAAUCUUCAGCACUUUCAUUAUGGGACAGAAAAGCCAAGUUAAUUUACUUUCAGUUUUUCCUGCUGACAGCUGGUUGGCUGACAGGUUUAUUCUACUUGUCCUUUUGGCUAGAGGGGUCAUGGCAGUUCAUCCAAUCAGUCUAUGGCUUCAUACUCACUGUGCCUGAUCUGUCACCAAACAUCGGUAUUUUCUGGUAUUUCUUCACGGAAAUGUUCGAGCACUUUCGUGUCUUUUUCAUCUGUGUAUUCCAGAUCAAUGCCUUUAUUUAUACAGUCCCUUUGGCCAUCAGAUUAAGGGACCAUCCAAUAUUUCUGAUGUAUGUGUUGGUUUUUCUCAUUGCUAUUUUCAAGUCCUACCCCAGCUAUCCUGACGUAGCCUUAUAUCUCUGCCUCUUACCAUUGUGGCAGCAUAUCUUUUCAUUCAUGAGGAACACGUUUGUCGUGGCCUGUAUGUACGUUAGCUGUACUGUCUUUGCCCCUAUUCUCUGGCAUCUCUGGAUAUAUGCGGGCAGUGCCAAUGCUAACUUCUACUUCGCCAUCACUCUAGUCUACACAACAGCCGAGAUUUUCCUGGUAACAGAUCUCUUGUUUGCAUUCCUUCGAAGAGAAUUCAGUUUGCUUCAUGGACCAAAUCCUAAACUGGAAAACGGACUGCCAGCUCAGGUUUCAUUGAACUGAUGUACGAGAGAUAGGUUUGAUUUUACGUGUAGCAGCAGCAGACCUUUUUGCUUCAUAUGAACAAAUGCAAUGAAAGAGAUGCAUGCACAUGUAUAUCUGGAGUGCUCAUUCUUCAUGCAUCAGCAUAAAGACACAUUUUUGAAUGUUAUUUGUUAAUGAUGACCGUUAUCAAAUAACACCAGUUGAUUUUAAUAUGUAACAAAUACGGUAUUCAUCGUCUGUUAAAUGACAAAUGCACGUAAUUAUUUGGUACUGUGAUGAUUUUGUGAAAUACUUGAGUUUUCAAUGUUAAAUAUUGUAUUAUGAUUGAAAUGGACCGUUAAAGAAGGUACCAAAAGCGUUUGCAUUUAUGUCCAUAUGAAGAUUUUUACUUAAACUUAAAGACAAUACAAAUAAUGCAACUGUAGUUAUUUCGGAAAAAGAGUGGGUAAAGACCUAAAUUGCUACAGCCAUGACAUCCUUGGUACCUGGAUAAAUCAUGUUUUAAUCUGGAAUUCAGGUGAGGUUAUGGGAUAAGCCAUGUUGGAGAAACACUGACCAUGGUAUAGUGUCACUUGAAUAUGCCCCAUGCUCAUACAGAUAAUAGGUUAAACAGGGUUCAGGUGGCAGCAUAAACAGCUGUGUUUCAGGCUAUACAAAUGACUCGCACUCGAUAGGUUUAAUAAUAUUAAUAACAUAGCAGAGCUUUUGAUUGUCUCAGUAUGCUGAUUUUACAUACUUUGCAAUAUUUUAGUUAUGCAACAUUACCAAAAUGAAAAGGUCUGCUUUUGAAAGUAUAUGAGUGAUACUUUAGUGAUGGUUCUUAUAAGUGCUGGCUGACCCUGGAAUAUUUCGCACUGGAAAGUCCUGGAAAAAAGUCCUUUUGUUAACAGAUAGACCCCUGUUUACAACAUUGUUGUGUAUG